UCAUCUUCACUUCGUCGCCAUCUCCAUCCGUCCGGUCAUCACGCUCAUUUGUCAGUCUACCCUAUGCGAGAUUGAAGCACUCUCGAGCAACUGCACACGACCAUACCCACCACUAGCGAGCUUCAGCACAAACAACCGCCAUCAUGUCUGGUGCAUAUCGCGUUGAGCUGGCGACAUCGAAUCGUGCCGGAUGCGCAGUCAAGUACUGCCAAGACAACAACCUCAAAAUCAAGAAAGGAGAACUACGACAGGGUGUGACUGUCCAGUUCAAAGAACACACGACCUGGAAGUGGCGCCACUGGGGUUGCGUUACUCCGUCCGUCAUCCACAACUGGAAGAUAACAUCUGGAGGUGACAUGGAAUUGGUGGACGGAUACGACGAGCUGCCAGCGCCAUUGCAGGAGAAAGUCGAGCGUGCUUUCGAGCAAGGUCACGUUGACGACGAUGACUGGACUGGAGACGUGGAGAUGAACAGAUACGAUCCGCAGAAGCCCAACCAGGGCAUGCGGAUGACCAAAGCCAUGAAGAAGGCCAAGGGCGGAGAUUCGGACGACGACGAAGAAGAGCCGAAGAAG